GAGAGAGAGAGAAAGAGUUGUCUCUGAGCGUUAGGAUUAGGGUUUUUGGAGGUUCUUCCUUGUUUCUCUCUCUCCAGAUGUCAGCUAAGAUGAUAUGAUGGCGAAUUGAUGAUCUAACCCAUCUCGCUUGCUUGAUGGGAUCACCAUCGAUCGGUGGGCCAAUCCAGUCUCAGGUGUUCCUUGGAUUCUAGAGGAAGUGAUCGGGCAAUUGGAGAUGGUUAGAGCUACCUCUUGGUUUAUCUUGCUAAUUUCAUCCUUGAGUGAGAACUAAGGAGUAGGAAGUAUGAUGGCAAAGAAAUUUUCUGAGAAAUCUACUGACAAAGAAGAAGAUGAGGAGGAUGGUGAUGAAAACCCAAGACAUGGAGGAAGCUCGAGCAAUAGCACGACUGAUGAAAGCAAGAAGAAGGGGAGCUCAGGAUCCGUACGGCAAUACAUCCGAUCGAAGAAUCCUAGGUUACGAUGGACACCGGAUCUCCAUCGUUGCUUUGUUCAUGCUGUCGAGAGGCUCGGUGGCCAAGAUCGUGCAGGAGCAACGCCUAAGUCAGUUCUCCGGUCGAUGAACAUCAAGGGCCUUAGCAUCGCUCAUAUCAAGAGUCACUUACAAAUGUAUAGGAGCAAAAAGAUUGAUGAAUCCGGUCAAGUUACAAAUGAUUCGAAGAACAUGGUUGAAGACAGGGAGCGGUACGCAGACAGCUUUAACCAUCUUCCCAUGUUACGUGACUUUCAUCAAAGACCUCAUACCUGUUCAAGAUAUGACUCUUCUUUGAAUGGUCAUGGGUAUUGGGAUACCAUGAGUCUGGGGCUUCACAGUUCAGCUGCAGAGAUGAUCUUCAGAGGUCAUCAAGGUGUGAAUGUGAUGGGCAUUCGGGAUAUCCAUAUGGGCAGUUUUACUCGAAACGAUCGAGCUAGCAGCGAGGGCGGAACAUUUGAAGAUUUCCAUCAGCUAUAUGAUCAUAAAAUUGGAAGACACCAGUUCAGACCAAGAGGAGUAGAACCCUACUCCAUAUCCCAGUUGCAUGAAAGAGGAAUCCAGCAGGCUGGUCGAUUUAGCAAGACCUGCACCCAAGAGAUUGAACAGCAAAGAACGACACCAUCACCGAGCCUGGGAGGGCAACGCAUGAUGAGAUGGAGAUACGACGAUCACGGGCCGGAUCUGGAUCUAUCGCUUAACAUCGCAUCGAGGCAUGAGAAGAGGAAAAGAGAUUGGGAGGCUGAGGAGGCAGACAAUAGUUUAUCCCUCGCCUUGAUCUCUCCUUUCUCAAAACAGGAAGGAUGUUCCAGAGAUGCCGAGAGAGCCUCAAAGCUAAUCAGUUUGAAAGAGAGAGACUACAGUGGGGAGCAUGCAAGAGGGACAAGUACUCUAGAUCUGACUAUAUGAGUUGAAUGUAGUGAGAUCUUGUGGUACUUGUCCGAAGGAAGGUUGGAAGAUAGCCCACACGCACUAGUUGCUACUCUUUUAGUUUGUAUUGUACUCACUACGUAGGUUUUGGAGCCCAAUAGGAUUCUUCAGAGACUUCCAUAUAAGCUUUUCCAAGUUCCAAACGAAGGCCAAGCUCAAAGAGACCUUGGAAAAAAUUGGUGAUCAGGAGCACGUGGUCUGACCUGCGUGCCUUUUUCGUCGUGGAAUUCAAUGAUGGCGUAUGAAGUUGGAACGAGCGGAUGCCGUUGACGAGAUUCCUACACCGACUUUCGACUUACCCCUGCCUAUCUGCCGAGCUUCCUGCCAUUGAUUUCGAUGGCCAAUGGCACUGUUGUAAGAAUAGUCUACUGUACUAAUAAAUAAUUAUAGUGAACUUUCCUCUCUUUUUUUUUGUUUUUA